UAGAUGAUUCAUAAUUUUGAGUUAAAUUAGUGUUUGGGGUUAGAUUUACACUAGUUAGAUAGAGGUCACGUAUCAAAUACGAGUUAGAGUUUACCAAUUCCAGGUAGAAUGACGUUUUUACCCAUAUACAAAUAUAAAUUACAUAUUGAAGGAAGAAAAUUAACACACACAUACAUCCAUUAUUCUUAAUUUCUUAUUGUAAUAACUUGAAAUUUUCUAAAGGAAAUUUACAUGAAAAUGUCAACAAACCAACCGAAAUAAACUUUUAUAUAAUAACCUUAAUUUGGGAAUAAUGUUGAAUAUUUGGUCAAGAACAUGAAAAAAUAACACUAUAUAGCAAAAAAAAAAGUGAGAAGAAAAAACACUUACAACCAUAUCCCUACGAAAAUUACGUUCUAACACACAUUACAAAUCAUAAUUUUCCAACUAAAAACCAAAUUAAAAAAUUAUAAACAAAGCAUAAUUAACUGGCUUUUCACCCUCAAAAUUCCUCAUUUUCACCACCAUCCAUCUCCCCCUCUUUCUCUCAUUCCAUUACCCUAAUAACCACCUAUAUUCUUUUCAAUUUCCUACGUAUUUGGACAAGAAGGGAAGAAAAUAUAUCAAAUACCCCUUAAUAAAUUAUAACACACAUUUUAUAUCUUUUCUCUCUUCUUCAAUUUAUUUUUGGUUUCUCUUAGAAAGUUGCAUGGCUUUUAAACUAUGGCUUGUUGUUGUUCUCUUGGCCUUGGUGAUUGGGACCGAGUCAUACUCAUCGUUCGAUGAUUCAACUUGGGGAAUGUCCCGAUCCUUGGCCUCUAAUGGUGACGGCGACCUGCCUAUCAUGCGUACGUGUAAUGGACGCCUAGGAGAUUGCAUUGGUGAUGAGGAAGAUGAGGUGAUUGACACUAGUGAUGAGGAUCGCCGCCAGUUGCGUGGGAGGAGAAGGUACAUAAGCUACGAUGCAUUGAAGAAGAACAACGUACCAUGCAGUCGACGAGGGCGGUCAUACUACAACUGUAGGAGUAACGCUAGGGCCAACCCCUACAAUAGAGGCUGCACCUACAUCACCCAUUGCGCUAGAAACCUUGGUUGAUCAUAACACCGAUUUCACUUAACAGGAGCCUUUUUCUCCUAUGUAAUACGAGAGGAAUUGUAUGAUUAAACUUGGUUUACCAUUAUUGUACGUCUUAAUUAAUCCUAACACAUAUACAUUUUUUACUUUCAUUUCAAAUUUAUGAUAUGUUUUUUGUACUCUUGCUUUUUCAUUUUCUGGAACAAAUUAUAUCUUGAAUAAAGGAAAAAAAAAUUAUGUGUACUUAGACAUUUUCCCUUCUCAUCUAGGGUAUGGCUUUGUUGCAUUGUUCCAUUAGAAUAUGUUUGUUUCUAUUGUUCUACACCAUCAUCAACUUUUGUA